AUGAAAGCAGCCUGGAGGCUUGCUUGUGCUGCAGUGACUUGGUGCCCUGGUGCCGCUGACAGCUACGGUGACAACACAUUCAUUCUCUCCCCCCAGACCCUGUUGGCCAGGGCGCUUUACGACAACCAUCCUGAUUGCUCCGAUGAGCUGGCUUUCUCCAGAGGGGACAUCCUGACCAUUGUGGAGCAGAACGUGCCAGAAAGUGAAGGCUGGUGGAAGUGUCUGCUCCACGGGAGGCAAGGCCUGGCUCCCGCCAACCGCCUCCAAGUCCUCAAAGAGAACCCUGCAGACAGAGGCCUCCUCAGAGGUCUGGACACAGAUCUCACCAGCUCAGAGGCGCUCUAUCAGGUGCCCAGCUUGUUCUGCCCACCACCCCCGGGGCCUGUGUAUGAGCAGAUGAAGAGCUGGGUGGAGGGGCCGCCUCCAGCUACUGCUCAAGUCUACGAAUUGCCUGCCUCACCUUCCAGUGCCAGGAUCAUCUGUGAAAAGACUCUGACCUUCCCCAAACAGACCCUCCACAUGCUUCCCAGACCUGCAAGGGCCUCGUUGCCGACUCUGCCUUCCCAGGUGUACGACGUUCCUGUCCAGAGCCGGAUCUCCGCAACCCUGAAGAAUCCGGAGAGACAGCAGUGCUACGACAUACCCACCAGCUCCCAGAAGGCAGCGCUCCACUCCUCUGCCAGCCAGGCCAGUGGCCAGAGGGUUGUGCUGACACCAACAGCUGCCUUCAGACAAGGUGGUGGCUACAACACGUUAUCCACCCCUCAGCAAUCAGAGUGGAGGAACAACGCUCCAGUGUUGCUGGGAAAGGCCGAAGUCAGAAAUGCGUCUCUGACCAGCUUCACCAGAGAGUCGGGGUCCAGUGCCGAUCCAGGAUACCCAUCCGCUGUGCGCACUGGAGCUGUGACUCUCUCCCCACAGCCGGACAGCAGAGUGCAGAAGAAAAGCAGCCCCCCAGAAGAGCCUUCCUACGCUGUCCCGGCACCCAGAGACUCACUUCCUUCGGAUGCGGUCAGCAGCUACAGUGUCCCUUCCAGGUUUCUCAUUCCCAGAGUGGAGCAACAGAACACCAAGCCCAACAUUUAUGACACCCCGAAAGCCACACACGGUGUGUCUCAGGCUGGGAAGGAGCUGGAGGAAGUCAAAGAGGUUCCAGAGACUAUCCCCUGGAUCUCCAGACAGCCAAAUUCCCUGUCUCCUGACUCAGACCAAUUGUCGGUUGCCAGCUCAGACAGCAGAGCAAGUAUGGUGUCUUCGUGCUCCUCCGUGUCCAUGGACUCCUCCCCCAGCACCUCCUCUGAGGACUCUGCGAAGGAGCUGUGGAUGGACGUGGAUUUUGCCAAAGAGACGGCAAUGGCCCUGCAGCACAAAGUGGCCAGUUCUGCAGCGGGCCUGCUGCUCUACGUAAGCAGGACUUGGAGGUUCAAAGACUCCUUGGAGACCAACAUUCGCAUGAUACGAAGGGCCGCGGACCACAUUGAAGAAUCCUUAAGAGAGUUUCUGGAUUUUGCCCAAGGGGUUGGUGGGACUGCUGGCAAUCUCACGGACAGCCAGCUUCAGGCUAGGAUUAGAGAUCAGCUUCUAAUAAUCUCGGGUUCCUACCAGAUUCUGCUGGAUGCAAAGGGAAACCUAGACCGCUGCAACUGGCCCCUUGAUGUUCUCGUGACAGACAAAGUCCAAAACAACCUGGAUGACCUGGAGAGGUUUGUCAUGGUGGCGAGGAUGGUUCCAGAAGAUGUCAAGAGAUUUACCUCCAUUGUCAUUGCCAACGGCAGGCUCCUUUUUAAACAGAACUGUGAGAAAGGAGAGACGGAGCCAAAGUGCGAAAGAUGCAUCCAGCCCCCCCAAAGAGAAACCCAGUCAAAUGAACACUGCCUUCAGCUGGUAAAGAAAAGCAGAGUGACUGUCUGUGGACAGAAGCCACCUAACCCACAAGAGAAAGGAGAGCCUAUCUUGGAACAAAGGUCAGAUGAAAAUAAAGAUUUCCAUGCCAUGAGCCCAAGCUCUCUUCCCUCUCCCGCUCCCAAUCGGCAGGAUGCAGACAGGAAGAUCCACCUGUCCGAGCACUGCAGGCUCUAUUUUGGAGCACUCUUUAAAGCCAUUGGCGUCUUUACCAGCAGCCUGAGCAACAGCCAGCCCCCUGAGGUCUUCAUCACUCAGAGUAAGCUGGUCAUUACAGUCGGGCAGAAGCUGGUGGACACACUGUGCAAGGAGACCCAGGACAAGGAUGAACGCAACGAGAUCCUGCGUGGCAGCAGUCACCUGUGUGGACUGCUCAAGGACCUGGCACUGGCCACCAAGAAUGCGGUGAUUAAGUACCCGAGCCCCAGUGCCCUGGGCUGCCUCCAGACAGAGGUGGAGAAACUAGAGCAUCACACUCGGAAAUUCAGAGAGACAUUGGAAUGA